CUACAUCUCCAACUGAAAAAGUUCAGUUCGUGUUCAACGCUUGAACUAACAACUACUGCUGAUACUUUCGACCAGUUCCAAAAAAAAAUAAAUAAAACCAAAAAAAAAACUUUACCGAUCCUGGCUUUCUUUCGUAAACUCUCGUCGUCUGCGAAGAUGCCGCUGCCACGUGUUUUUUUCGAUAUUGCCGCUGGGGACACAAAAAUCGGACGAAUUGUGAUGGAACUUCGAUCCGAUGUGGUACCCAAGACGGCGGAAAAUUUCCGUGCCUUGUGUACCGGCGAGAAGGGUUACGGCUACAAGGGUUGCCCUUUCCAUCGGGUCAUCCCGAAUUUCAUGUGUCAGGGAGGUGAUUUUACCAAACAGAAUGGCACCGGAGGACGUUCCAUUUAUGGGAAUAGCUUUGCCGAUGAGAACUUUCAAUUGAAGCACACUGGACCCGGUAUCCUGUCGAUGGCGAAUUCUGGAGCAAAUACCAAUGGAUCACAGUUCUUUAUUUGCACCGAUAAGACCGCCUGGCUGGACAAUAAACAUGUCGUAUUCGGCCAGGUGGUUGAGGGCAUGGAUAUUGUCCAGAAGGUGGAAUCCUACGGAUCGAAUAGUGGCAAGACCUCCAAGAAGAUUAUAAUCGAAGACUGCGGUGCCCUUUAAGGAGAAGGGAAGGAAGCCAGUACCCCCGAAUCACUAAAAACAAAGAUGUGCUACUACUACUUAUCACAAGGCGGUUACAUUUUACACUUGCUCACUCACUUUUCGAGAUAAACAACAAAUUUAGACUCUUUUUAGUUCUUAGUAUCGAGCUUACAGGUUAGAUCAAAAGGGAACAGUACACUUGCAACUUUAUAUUCAAGCUUACACUUAUUGAUUGUUAACAAUUGCAUCGGAAGAGAACAAAUAUAUACAUGGGCUAAAGAAA